GUUGAAAACUACACUUUACCAGGUCCUCAAAUUUCUGCGUUACUUCAAAAUAUCUAUGCAGAAGAAUCUUUACUAAAAAUAAAUAAUGCGGAAAAAACCAUCCGCUGUAAAAUAUCAAGCAGAUGAGGAUAAAGGCACUUCAGAACUUUGCAGUAAUGUGCCCGACGAAUGUGAUGCUAUUCAUAGUGAUGCUGAUUCUGAUGUUGUGCAGAUAUCUCCUCUCUUUCUUAUUGAUAGUUCAGGACGUCCUAUUCUACAAGAUGGUACUCCAGUUAUUGAACCAGAAAUCGUUGAUUCUGCAUCCGAGACACAUAAAAGACGUGGGAAAACCGGAAACAACUAUUCAUCCAAAAUAUGCGCUAGCUUUAGUCCGGGUGUUAUGGACUUUGUCAAAUGCACUGCUUGUUGCUGUAAAAUACAGCCUUUCUCCGCGCCGUUUAGUGUUCAUCCACUUUUGAAAGUGAUACUCUGUAAACGUUGCACUAUGUAUUGCAAAUCCCAGAACUUUGCAAAAGAUGAUGCAGGGAAGGAUGAUAAUUGUAAGUGGUGUUCAGACGGUGGAGAUCUUGUAUGCUGUGAUACUUGUUCGUUUGCGAUUUGUAAGAAAUGUAUCAAGCAAAACUUGGGUAGAACCUACUUGCGCAAUAUUGAGUCUCUCGAUGAAUCAGAUACUUGGAGUUGCUUUGUAUGUGACCCUACGCCUAUCAAAACAUUACAAGAUAACUGCUCCAAGAUUGUUGCUAAAGUUGAGGAAUAUGAAAGUAUAAGAAAACGUCGGUCGACGAAAGCUCAAGAAACAUGGCGAUCUCGUUCUAAAGGUCAAUAUGGUGAAUCUAAUUGUAAUGAUGUACCAGAAUUAUCGUCCAAUUACACUAACCUCAACAAUCCCGAUACCACAGAAGGUUUGAUCUCAUCUUCCAAUAUAUUUCAUUCUCCUAGUAAUAAUAUUCUUAAUAAGAACACCGCAUUCCAGUUGUCUGAUAUGUCUUCGAAUGGAAUAAAUGUUAAUGAAUUUGACAAAUGCGACAAAGUCAAUAUUCCAACCGCCAUUACCAACCAUAAUUCAUCGGUCACUUUAGAAUCAGUCGAUCUUCAGAGUAUUUUCAAUCAAAUAUCUAGUGUAAAUGAAGUUAAUGUUAAAACAGCUUUACGAGCUUCACAAAGGUGUUUAGAUAUAUUUGCUAAAGACAUACGUCGCUUAGAGAAUAAUUUGAUGCGUAAUCCACCUCAGAUGGAUCUAGAUAAAAUAGCUCAGUCGUUUCAAGGCAUUUAUAGAUUUCAUUUAUUCACACGAUUGGGCAAUCUUGUUGCAAGAAUGCAAGAAGAAGAGGAUUUCAUCACUAAUACAAGUAGAAAUAAACAAAUAAUCCAAUCUCAUUCCGUAGGUGUUCUUCCCCAGUUAAGUAAUGUUUCUAUUCCCAAGCCUAUACCGAGUAUUUCAAAUGAUGUAACAAUCGAUUUGACGAAAGAAGAUAAUUCCACUGAGGCUGUAUCUACACCAGAAGUUUCUACACCAAAAACAGCAUCAUUUAAUUGUUCUUCUACACCAAUUCAUUCUCAACAAUCUGCACCUGUAACAACGGGUUUUCAUGAUAACAAAAAUAAUGACAACUAUGUUACUAACAUUAUUAUUAUUACUACUACUACUACUACUACUGCUACUACUACUACUACUACUAAUCCUACUACUACUAAUACUACUAAUCCUACUACUACCACUAAUAAUAAUAAUAAUAAUAAUAAAAGUGUUAAACACAAACUAGAUGAUAUGGGGAUGAAGCCGGAAACAGACAACGGGAAAAGACGUAAAUUAGAUCUUAUUAAGGAAUCAACUAUUAUAAACCAUCAAGACAAGUUACCUCGCGGACAGUCAUCAGAAGAACAAGAUUUGGAGAAGGAAAUGCAUAACCUAGAAAGUAUUUGUGCCAAAUCUAUCAAUCUUAGUUUCACAGAGCAGUCUACUGUCGAUGAGAGAAAUUGUGCUCAGUCGGAUCCGAGUGCUCGAGUACAGAAAAGAACUAUUCAGAAUACUGAAAAUAGAAAUGCUAAUCAACGAAUAAAUCGAACCAAAACAAGUAAUAGGAAUCCAGUUGACUUUGAAGAUGAUUCAUGGUCUAUUGAAGAUAACUUAGAUUCAUCUCAAAAUAAUGUGGAUGCUACAUUUGACGGUUCUGAAUCGAAUGAUUUAGCUGGGGAUGAUACUACUGCUAGUGAUGUAAAUAACUCUCGGCAAAAUCAACUUGAAAUGAAAACAAAUGAUUAUUUGCAUAAUUUGAAUGCUCGUGAUAAUUUAUUGAAGUCUAGUUCAGAUGAUGAUGAUGAUGAUAAUGAUGAUGUUGGUAUUGUAGAUAGUAAUGCAAAAGUCGUAACAGAUGAAAAUAAUAAAAAUAGUACAUCUAACAGUAUUACAAAACUUGUUGACGACCACGAUAAUAAUAAUAAUGCUUCUAGUAAUCAUAAUUUAUCAAGCAAUAAAUCAAAUGAUUUACACGGUAAUGUAUCUUUAUGUAUGAACUUAGAACAAAACAUAACCCCAUCUGAUCCCAUAAUUUGUUUAACCCGUCUUACUAAAUCUGUUGUUAAUGAAAAUGUCAAUAGUUGUGAAAGUAGACCAAAUAAAACAACUUUACUGCUUGAUAAUUCUGAUGAAGGAAGUGAAUCAGAAUUCAAUUCAAACAGUAAAGAUGCUGCAAAUUUUUUAUCCUCCACUAACCGUACAAAGCGAAUACGACAUUUACUCUCCAGCUCUGAAUCUGAUGAAAAUAAUAUUGGUAGUACUGUUGAUGCUGUUGACAAUGCUGGUAAUGUCAAUGAUAUUGAUAAUAAUAAUGAUGAUGAUGAUGAUAAUGAUGAUAAUGACGAUGAUGAUGAUGAUGAUAAUGAUGAUAAUGACGAUAAUGAUGAUGAUUGUGAAAGUGAACAAAGUGCAUCAAGUUCAUCAAAAUCUUCCAUACAACAGAUAAGAUCUAGAAAGGUUAAACAGAAUAGGACAACACAAAGUAGGAUUAGAAAGUCACAAAGACUAUCGUCUAUGAAACCAACAUCUCGUCUUUCAGAUAACGAUGACGAUGUUAGUGAUCACAAAAAAGUGAAAGAUGUGAAGAAAAAAACACAGGGUACUGAUUCAUCAGCUGAUGAAAUGGACAAUAUAAAACCCCGACAUAAAUCGUAUAAUACAAAAAGACGUAGACGUCUACGUAAAGCAAAAUCAGAUGAUAGUGACGAUAAUGCUGAAGAAGAACAUUUACAGGACAAUAAAGGCAAAGAGACAAUCAACGAAGAAAUAAUCGAUGAUGCAUUAGAUGCUAAAGGCCGUAAAAAGAUUCGAAAAAUUUUCACUGCUAAUCGAUUAUCUGAAACCACAAAAGCUGCUGAAGCUUGUGAACAAGAACGGCGACGUCGUUUAGCUGAGAGACAAAAGAUGUAUAAUGAGUUCAUUGUUCAAGAUGGUGAAGGGAUAAACGCAGUUACAACCAAAUUGACUUUAGAUCCAGGUGAUCCAGUUAUUGAAGUUCAUCCAGAUAUAGUGAAAUAUUUGAAGCCACAUCAAGUUGAAGCUGUUCGCUUCCUAUGGGAUUGUACUAUUGAAUCUGUGGAGCAUCAAACGUCUCAAGGUGAACCAUCACCUUCUACAGGAAGUGGUGCAAUUCUCGCCCAUUGCAUGGGUUUAGGCAAAACGCUAUCCGUGAUUUCGUUCUUGCAUACACUAUUAAGAUAUCCGGAACAUGUACAUAUUCGUACAUGUUUAAUUAUAUGUCCAGUGAAUACUCUGCUCAAUUGGAAACAUGAAUGGGAUAUAUGGUUGCCUGAAGCUGAGCCAGUCGAUGUGUUUGAAUUGGCAUCAAAGAACAGUAACAGACUCAAACUGGAUAUUGUUAAACAUUGGCAUAAAAGUGGUGGCGUCCUUUUAAUUGGUUAUGAUAUGUUUCGUAAUUUUAUUAUGACAUUAAUGAAGCGAACAAGAAGUAAAGAUGUUAGAAACACAAUAUCCUCAGCUCUCUUAGAUCCAGGUCCAGAUAUUGUUGUCUGUGAUGAAGGACAUUUGAUGAAAAAUUCGAAAUCUCAUAUAACUAAGGCUGUAUCACAAAUUCGUACCAUGAAACGUGUUGUACUGACUGGAACACCUUUACAAAAUAAUCUCAAUGAAUAUCAUACAAUGGUUGACUUUGUCAAACCGAAUUUAUUAGGAACUCUUAAAGAAUUCAAUAAUCGUUUUGGUAAUCCAAUAAAAAAUGGGCAACAUUCAAAUUCAACACCAAGAGAUGUAAAUAUAAUGAAGAAAAGAGCCCAUAUUUUAUAUAAAACACUAGAUGGUUGUGUUCAGCGUAAAGAUUAUAGUGUAUUGACGAAAUAUUUACCACCAAGAUAUGAAUAUGUAAUUAUGUGUAGAUUAACUAAAGUACAACAAGAAUUAUAUAGAUAUUUUUUAGAAAAUCACAGUAAUUUAAAUUCAAAUAAUACCUUAUCAAAUAAUAAUAAUACUUCCACUAAUCAAGAUGAAACAAAUCAUCGAAAGAAAUUAUUUAUGAUUCAACAAAUUUUAUAUCGUAUCUCCACACAUCCACAUGCAUUAAGAAUACAUGAAACAAAAGAAGCUCGUAAAAUGCUCCUUAUGGAUGAGGAUAGUUUUAUUGACGAUUCAGCGAAUUCAUCAGAAGAAUCUUCAGAUGAUUCAUCGUCUUCAGACGACAGUGAUGAGAAUGCCAACAGAAAAAAUGACGAGAUCGAUGUAGAUAUUGAAAGUAGAAAGUCUUUAAAUAUUAUUAAUUCAAAUAAUAACAACGAUAAUAAUACUGUUAGACCACGUCGGGGACAUCGUCCAAUGACUCGUCAAGAAUCAAGAAAUCAUACUGUUAUUAUUGAUUCUGAAGAUGAUUCAGAAAGUGUUAUUGAUGUUGGUGAGUGUCAAAAACCUUGGUGGUAUAUGUUUUACAAAGAUGAAUAUGAUUGGCAGAUUGAUGUAGGUGCUAAAAUGGAUGUUUUGUUCAAUAUACUGAAACGAUGUUCAGAUAUUGGUGACAAAGUGAUUAUGUUCUCUCAUAGUUUGAUAUCAUUGGAUUUAGUUGAAAGAUUUUUAGCAGAGAUAAAUCGUCAGUGGUCUGUUUAUCAGGAUCAAAUGUCAAAUGAAAAAGGUGAUGAUAAUGUAGAAUCUUCACAAAAUCCAGAAGUUUUAAAUCGCCCAGAUUUAUCAGCAUAUUUUUCUGAUAUUGGACAUAAUACAUGGAUACGUGGCUUAGACUAUGAACGAAUGGAUGGUAGUAUGAAUGUAAAUGUACGAAAAGAUUUGCAGACACGUUUCAAUUCUACUAGUAAUACACGUUUACGACUGUUUAUCAUAUCUACUAAAGCUGGUGGAUUGGGUAUCAAUUUGGUCUCUGCAAAUCGUCUUAUUCUUCUUGAUGCAUCAUGGAAUCCAAGUCAUGAUAUUCAGUCAAUAUUUAGAAGUUAUCGUUUCGGUCAAAGUAAACCUGUUUAUAUUUAUCGUCUUAUUGCAAAAGGGACAAUUGAAGAGAAAAUUUAUGAUCGACAGGUAACUAAACAAUCUUUAUCGCUUCGAGUAAUCGAUGAACUACAAAUUGGUCGACAUUUUUCAGAUUCUGAUUUACAAGAACUAUUUACUUUUGAACCAGAUAUAUGGAAUCCCAAUGGAAAUGAUAAACGUCCUACACCAAUAUUACCUAAAGAUCGUUUAUUAGCCGAUAUGCUUACAGAAUAUCCACAUUUAAUUGUAACUUAUCAUAAUCAUGAUUCAUUAUUAGAGCACAGAGAAGAUGAAGGUCUUACAGAAUCAGAACGUCAAGAAGCAUGGAGAGAGUUUGAAGAAGAAAAACGAUUAGGUAUAUCAUUAGCUCAACAUCAACGUUUAUUGUUACAACAGGAGUGGAUAGCUCAACACCAACAACAAUUUCAACAACAACAACAACAUCAAUUUCAAUUACAGCAACGUUUAGUUUUACCGAAUAUUGUCAAUACCAACUUUCGCUUCUCAAUGAUUCCACCAUUAAAUAACGAACAGACAAUUGUUAUUAAUGACGAUAACAAUAAUAAUAGUAACAUACAUCUCUUUCCAACAUCGGCAUUCACUGAUAAUACAGUGAACAUUUCAAAUACUGGUAUGCAUGUCAUUAGUAAUAAUAGUAGUAGUAUACCUGUCACUAAAUCAACAGAAAAUACUGUAACUAUAACCAAUGUUGGUAGCGGUAGUACUGAAGAUAUGCAAACUGUUCUGCCACAAGCGAUUCGUAGCAGUGUUAGCAAUAAUUCUGUUGGGAGUUCACUAAUCACUACCAAUCCGUCUAGAUCUCAAGCACGUUAUGUGGCAUCACCGAUUACCAAUAUGCUAAGUAACCCUUAUGGUGCAAUGUAUUCAGAAGUUCGUCGUCAUGUUAUACUUAAAGAUCCCAGUUUAGCUUCAAAUCCUGAAAAAUUAGAUAAAGUUACAAUGAAUCGUUUAUUGAAUGCUUUAACUACUCCAGUUUUAGUCAGUUCAAAUGAUGCACGCAAUCAAAAUACCACUUUCUCAUUACGUAAUAAAACAUCACAAGCUUAUCCUCAGUCGAAAAAUUAACACCUCAUUAUGAUCUCUUUAUGGCAUCAGUUGCUUAAUUAAGUCUAGAAAAGACAUUAUACUUCAUUCAUCGGUGCUUUUUUUGUAUUACUCUUUAACUUUCAUCUUUUGUACCGAUAUCAUCUAUUUGUCGAAAUUUAUUUUCGAUUUAUUCGUUUCUUCUCCUUCCUCUAUGGUCUUUCUGUCUCCUUUUCUUGCUUAUUCCUUAUGUUUCGCUAGUCUUUUGUUUUUUUAAAUUGAAAGCAUUAAUUUUCUCUGAAUUAUUGCAUUUAAUAUUGAAAAAAAAGAACAAAGCAGAAAUAGAUUGAAACGAAUAAACAAACAAAAUUUUGGAAGAAAAAAGAACCAAGAGCAACUUAUUAGAAAAAAAACUGUUAUUUUUCUCUUUUAUCCAUCCAUUACAAUGAAUAUCAUUGAAUAAAACAACUAUGUAUUUAUUUGUUGUUAUUAUGAUUAUUCUUAUUUCUACAACUCUUAUUGAAAUGAUAUAUGAUAUAAUCAUUCUAUUAUUAUGUACAGUAUUAUUAUUUAAGAACUUAAAAUGAUUGUCAAUAAAUCUACUCAUUACCAUAAUAACUAUAGUAUGGUAACUUUUAUACACUAAAUUUUUUUCUUUUCUGUAUUUAAACAUUCUCGUCUCUAUGUGUAUAAUAUUAUUAUACAAUUAGAUUAAUGGUGUUAAGACGACCGGUCAUUUUCCUUUCGGUUUAUAUGCCAAAAUCAUUAUAAACAUUUCACAUCAUUAAUUGCUUAUACUUGUCUGUAAUUUUUUUUUCUUCUUGAAAAAAAAGUUUUUAUAUUCGUUUUUUUUGUUUGAGAAAAGUAUCUGUUCAAGAAAUUUUUUGCAUAUUUCACUGUACUCUUUUCACAUCAUAUUAUUUUGUUUGUUGUUGUGUUCAAUUAUUCAUUUGAUAAUAAUUAAAACAAAAUUUUAAUAUAAAGGAAAAUAUGUAAUUUUAAAUCAUUUAAGGGUCAUCAAUUCGUAAUAUUUUGUUUGAAUAAAGAUUCGUAAAAAGGGGGCAGAUAUGUUAAUACACAUGAUGAUAUCGUGUUUUUGAUAUUCAAUAAAACUAAUUGUAAUAUAAUAGAUAGAGAUGUUACAUCAUUCAAUUUUGUUUGUUUUUAAUUAUUACUUCAUAUUAUAAACUAUAAAAAAAAGAAAGAGUGAAGCUCAAUCUGAUUUGUUUUCCGUAAUAGUAAUCACAGUAGAUGUCAAUAUUUUCACUUAGGUUACAUGACUACCGAAAAAAAAUUAUUGAGAUAGUUAACUGGUGUUGAAAUUUGUACUACUUCGCAUUAUUAUGGUUUUGGGCUGGAGUUAUCGGCGAUGUUUUCUAUACUCUUUAAAUGUGUUUUAUUCAACAAUUUCACUUAUUUUCCUAUCUAUUUAAUGGAUAAACAGUGGAUAUAAGAGUGGAAUUUUCAUCGGGAAUUCUCUUUCAAGAUUUAUUGUUCGCUAUAUUUGUUCUUUAUUGAACUGUUUUAAACUGGACAUAUUCAUAGCGGACUGUUGCGGAUAAUUUCAUCA